AUGUUGAAGAAAAUUAUUUUAUUUGUCCUAUCGAUAGCAGUAGUUAAUGCUGUAGGCGAAGAAGAGCAAUGGGAAUCAUUCAAAACAAAGUAUAACAAAAUAUAUAAGACCUCCACAGAACAUCAAGAAAAAUUUACCAAAUUUCGUGAAAACUUGCAAAAAAUUAAUUCUCAUAACAAAAAAUACGACGAUGGAACUGUGUCUUAUAAAUUAGGCAUCAACAAAUUUGCCGAUAUGAGUGAAAAAGAAUUUGCAUUAAAACUGGGAUUUAAAAGCAAUUUUAUUAAUAAAACUAAGAAUCAUGCCAUUUUUAAAUCUCCUGUAAACGCAAAUGUUCCUGAAAAAGUUAAUUGGGUUGAAUUAGGUGCAGUCACUGGAAUAAAGGAUCAAGGAAAUUGCGGAUCCUGUUGGAGUUUCAGUGCUACUGGAGCACUAGAAGGCCAAUAUUACCUCAAAUACAAAAGUCUCGUCUCCUUGAGCGAACAAAAUUUAGUGGAUUGUUCUAGUUCAUAUGGUGACAAUGGUUGUAAUGGUGGACUUAUGGACAAUGCCUUCGAGUAUGUCCGUGACAACGGUAUUAUGAGUGAAGAUGAUUAUCCUUACUGCGCCUUUGACGAGACUUGUCAAUAUAACUCAGCCAAAGUUGUUGUAAAAGUUCAAAGUUUAGUAGAUAUCGCAGUUGGUAGCGAAACGGAUUUACAAACCGCUGUAGGUACUCUAGGCCCAGUAUCUGUAGCUGUAGAUGCUUCAAUGUUCCAACUAUACCAAGAAGGGAUCUAUGACAAUUCAAAUUGUGGAAAUGGACGGUACGAUUUGGAUCAUGGCAUUUUAGCCGUUGGUUACGAUACUAGUGCUGAUGGCACACCCUAUUGGUUGGUGAAGAAUUCUUGGGGAGAAGAUUGGGGAGAAAAGGGUUACAUUAGAAUGUCAAGGAAUAAAGAUAAUCAGUGUGGUAUUGCUACAUGUGCCAGUUACCCCGUAUUAUUGUAA